GGGGCAAACACGGCUGGCAGUAAUCGGAAAGGUGUCUUUCUGCUGAGUGGCAGUCAUGUUUCUCCAGUAUUACCUCAAUGAGCAGGGCGAUCUCGUCUACAAGCUGGAGAAAUUUGACCAUAUGGGACAACAGACUUGCUCUGCCCCUCCUGAUCAGUUCUCCCCAGAUGACAAAUACUCAAGACACCGAAUAACCAUCAAGAAACGAUUCAAGGUGUUCAUGACCCAGCAACCGAGUCCUGUCCUCUGAGGGCUCGUUAAUAUCUUGUGCUGCUAGUCCCCCGGCCGAUUAUCAGCAAGCAAACGCCUGUAAGCCUUGAAGCCUUCCCAUGCUGUUUGGAAUACUAUCUCACUUACUAAGUGAACGAGUCUAUACUGAUGGGCCUCGCCAGUAAAAGAAACAAUUUUUUUUUUUUUAUGUUUUGACUUACUGCCAGGUUAUUAAAGAUACAAUGA